AUGGCGACAACAGCGGAGGAAAAGUUGGCGAUUCAGAAGGCGAAGGUGUUUAUGGUGGGAGCAGGGGGAAUUGGAUGCGAGUUGCUCAAGACCCUUGUCAUGACUGGCUUCCAUGACAUCGAACUGAUUGACCUAGACACCAUUGACGUGAGCAAUCUGAACCGUCAGUUUCUCUUCCGCAAGCGACAUGUGGGGCAAUCCAAGGCCAAGGUCGCUCGAGAAGCAGCAAUGGCGCUAUGCCGGUCCGCCUCUAUCAUAGCCCACCACGGCAGUGUGCUGCAGCCGGACUUUGACGUGUCCUUCUUCUCGCGCUUCUCCCUCGUGCUCAACGCCCUCGACAACCUCCCGGCACGGCGCCACGUCAACCGCAUGUGCCUUGCGGCUGGCGUGCCACUCAUUGACAGCGGCACCACAGGGUUCCUUGGCCAGGUGACAGUGCAUGUGAAGGGCGUGAGUCAGUGCUACGAAUGCACACCCAAGCAGGCCCCCAAGUCCUACCCCACGUGCACCAUCACCAACACCCCUUCCAAGCCGGUUCACUGCAUUGUGUGGGCCAAGGAGCUCCCAUUCGUGGCUCUCUUUGGCCCCCGAGGUCAAGCAACGGACCUCCAUGCCCAACCUUCCACCACUUCCUCUGCUCCUCCACCUGAUGCUGGUGAUACCGCUGCUGAUGGCCCCACAACCACUGGCGCUGCUGCUGCUGCUGCUGCUGCUGCCUCUGCACCCACUGGAACCCCGCUGGAAAACGGUGUAAGCAGCAGUGUGGAAGAGAGUGAGGAGGAGAGGAGGAAGAAGAAGCAGGAGGAGGAGGCAGCGGCAGCAGCCGUGGAGAAGGAAGAGUGGGAGUUCUUCACUCGGAGGGAUGGGGAGAGCGGGCGUGCGUUUGCGUGCCGUGUGUUUGACAGGAUAUUCGGGGAGAACGUGGCGCGGACUCUGAAGAUGGACGAUAUGUGGAAGCACAGGGCGCGCCCCACGCCCUUGUACCUCAAGGAUGUGUUUCCUGCAGGAGUGGAUGGGGGCGAGGAGCGGAAGGAAGGGAAUGAGGGGGAGGAAGGGAAGGAGGGGAAGCGGGUGUCAGCUAUGGCGAGGCUGGGGUGGAGGGACGUGCAGAAGGUGUGGAGCGUGCAGGAGAACGCACGGGUGUUCCUCAAGGCUGUUGAGCUGUUUGUGGAGGAGCGCGCAGAGGAGCUGGGGUCACUCACAUUCGACAAGGACGACGAGUUGGCAGUGGAGUUCGUGACAGCAGCUGCCAACCUGCGCAUGCACUCCUUUGGCAUCCCGCUGCACAGCCUGUUCGCCGCCAAGGGCAUCGCGGGGAACAUUGUGCAUGCAGUGGCGACCACGAACGCCAUUGUGGCUGGGCUCGUGGUGCUGCAGGCUGUAAGGUUGCUGGAGGAAGAGAGCUACCGCAAGGAGCCCCGCAUGGUGUGGUGCACGGAGUUCCCCAGUCAGCGCAAGGCCCUGCUCGCCCCUCUCGAGAUGGACACUCCCAACCCCGCCUGCCACGUCUGCUCCCGGACGCCCCUGGUGCUAGAGGUGAACACCAAGACAGCGACGUUGGCAGAUGUGGUGGAGGGGGUGGUGAGACGGCAGCUGUCGGCGACACAGCCCAUGGUGAUGGUGGGCAGUGGACUGGUCUAUGAAGAGGGCGAGGACCUGGAGGAGGAUGAGGUGCUGCGAUACCGGAAGAACCUGAGCAAGAAGCUGUGUGACCUGCCCACGCCAGUGAGCUCAGGGUCAGUGCUGACAGUUGAGGACUACUUGCAACACUUCAAGUGCUCCAUUCACAUCAAGCACAGAGAGGACAUAAGUGAGGAGGAACAUCCUGAGAAGAUGAUUCUCCAUGGCCAGUUGCCACCAGCCGACGCCACUGCGGCUGCUACAGCUGGUGCGUCUGCUGGGGAGGCUGGAGCAGCAGAGGCACAGAACGGGGAGAAGAAAGAAGGGAACGCAGCAGGAGGGGAGGAUGACGACGAUGAUGAUGACGUGGUUCUAUGUGAACCUGACGCUGCUGCUCCUGCUGCUGUUGCUGGGGAAACGGGUGAGAAGAGGAAGAGGCGGCGGGAGGAAGAGAAGGGGACGGAGAGUGCCGGAGGGGGUGAUGGCGCUGGGAAGAAGGUGAAGGUGGAUGUGGUGGAGGUUCUGGAUGAUUAG